AUGGUGGAUUCCAUCUUUGAAGGAUGUUCCGACUCGUGCGGAUGGCUGGCCGGAAUUGUGGCGGCGUUGGCCUACGGUUCGUUCGGUGUGCCUAUUCGAGAAACCAAAGACAUUGACGUACAUCCACUCGUAUUUCAAUCCUACAAAACAAUCACCAUGUUUAUGCUUUCCUGGUUGGUCAUUUUUAUGGGCAUCGCUCCGUCCUGGACGUCUUGGGGUCUCGUCUCGGGAGGACUUUGGGUGGUGGGUGGGACGGGAGGAGUCUUGGCCAUUCGUAUGGCUGGAUUGGCCAUUGCGGUAGGCACAUGGGCGUCCGUCAUGAUCGUCAUCAAUUUUCUCGUAGGGAUUGUGCUCUUCCAGGAACCCGUUUCGGACAUGUUCGCCACGCUCGGUGCAUUUCUUUUGUUAGCGCUCGGACUGGUGGGCAUGUCCCUCUACAGUACCCCGCAACCGGUGGACCAAUUACCGUCCACCGAAAUGACGGAAAACAUUGGGCCAAAUCAAAAUGAGGUCGAAGAGAUCGAUCGAGCGCUGAUUGUCAAACGCACCUCGAGUUACACUGGCAAGAUAGACCAUCGGGAUAUACAGAGACGAAACGAGGAGAGUGGCAGCUAUGGCUCGAGCGCAGAUGCGGACGAACCCCUCUUUACCAUUCCAGACGGAACCAAAAGAAAAAGAUCCGGACCAACCGGUAUCUGUGGUGCCAUUUUCAACGGUGUCAUGACGGGCAGUUCCCUCAUUCCGCUACACUACGCCAAAACACAGGGAUAUGGUGGUGCCAACUACAUGAUCAGUUAUGCGUCGGGGGCCAUUGUUAUGAACUGUCUUAUUUGGGGCGUAUUCUUUGCCUACACAUGUUAUCAAACCGUGCAGCAAGAUCUAAAUGUCCCGGUGUUGUUGCACACCUUUCAAGUCAUGCCGGCUUGGCACUUUCGAAAGCUGUGGCUGCCGGGUUUCACGUCAGGAGUACUCCUGACAAUUGCCAUGUUUGGAAGCAUCCUGUCCGUUACAUAUCUGGGCCAGGGUAUCGGCAAUUCAAUCGUCCAAGCCAAGAUCUUGAUCAGUGGAUUAUGGGGCAUUUUCUGGUUUCGAGAAAUUCGGGGAAUGUACAUCGUUACCAAGUGGUUUCUCUCCGCUUCGCUGACCGUAGCAGGCAUCCUAUGGCUGAGUGCGGAACGAAUGGCCGCCACCAACGGGCAAAGUGGCGGCCACUGAAGCGCGAUUGGCAAAUCCCACCAUGCGGGCCCUCGACGGUCCAUUUGUAUUGUAAAGUAGAGCUAUUGGCUUCUUCC